AAAAAAGAAGACAGUUUUUUCAUUCAAUGUUUAGAUAAAUCUCUAUCAUUUUUCUCAUUCAUUCUCAUUUUACGGUAAAGUAUGUCAACUAAUGCCUGGCGCUGCUUAAAUAUUUCAUCACAGUAGUUUAUAGAAAAACCCAGAUCUGACAAAAAUGCUCGCUUGUUUGAAGCAAUUCAAUUACGCCGGACGCUUCAGAAUAUUGUAUCGAGUGUUUUUAACAAUUUGGCUCCUAGUAUUAGUGAUAUCCGCUUUUUCCGUGUUAACGUCUAAUAUAACGUACUCGGACACCAAAGUGGCAGAGAGAUUAACCAGAGCCUUAAACGACUUAGAAGUACUACGUAGACAGAACGAAGAAAUACAUGAAAUAUUUAAGGACAUAAGUAUAAAUAACUUAAACGAUGAACAGAAAGAAGCGAUUGAAAACUUCCAGCUAAGGUUGACUAAAGUCGAACAUCCUUUUGGUAAGGAUAAGUUGGACAAUAUAUCUUCUAAAGAAGAACCUAAUACUCAAUAUGAAUUAUUAAGACGAAGGAUUUUUUCAAACACGAAGGAACUGUUUUAUUUCAUCAAUUCAGGAUUACAGGACUUGCAAAAGAAAGCUAGUAAUGUUGCACCUGAAAUCCUGGACUCCAUUGGGUUUUUACUAAAAAUGGGAAACGAGCACAAAAAAUCUCUCCUGCACGACAUUGAACGAUUAGCAGAAGUCGACGGAUACGCGGAGUGGCGCCAGAAGGAAUCCAACGCGCUGAGCACGCUGGUGCAGAACCGAUUCAAGUACCUGCAGAACCCCGAAAACUGCGAUACCGCCAGAAAACUGGUGUGCAACUUGAACAAAGGCUGCGGCUACGGGUGCCAGCUGCACCACGUCGUCUAUUGCUUCAUGGUGGCGUACGGAACGAAGAGGACGCUGAUACUGAAAUCGAAAGGUUGGAGGUACCACAAAACCGGCUGGGAGGAGAUAUUCAAACCCGUAAGUGACACUUGCGUUAAUCCGAACGGCCAGUCCAUUGCCAGCUGGCCGGGUAACUCAGAAACCCAAGUCAUCAAUUUACCUAUAAUAGAUUCUUUGACACCGAGACCACCGUUUUUACCUCUUGCUAUACCCGAAGAUUUAUCGCCAAGGUUGAUUAGACUGCACGGUGAUCCGAUCGUGUGGUGGGUAGGACAAAUAUUAAAGUACAUUUUAAGACCCCAAGAAAAAACUGCCAAGAUGUUGGAAGAAACGAUAGAAAAGAUGGGUUUCAAGACGCCUAUAGUAGGCGUUCACAUCCGUCGAACUGAUAAAGUGGGCACCGAGGCCGCUUUUCACAGACUGGAAGAGUACAUGUUGCACGUAGACGAAUACUUCGAUUACUUGGAAACCAAGCAAAAGGUGAACCAACGGAGGAUUUACCUAGCUUCGGACGAUCCGAAGGUGUUCCAGGAAGCCAAAAAAUUGUACCCGAACUACGAGAUAAUCGGCGACCCAAGCAUAGCCAAAACCGCCGCGGUCUCAACGCGGUACUCGGACUCCUCUCUAUUCGGCAUCAUCAACGAUAUCCACAUGUUAUCUUUGAGCGAUUAUUUGGUGUGCACAUUCUCCUCUCAAGUGUGCAGGAUCGCCUACGAGAUCAUGCAAAAUUACUAUCCCGACGCGUCGCACAGGUACCAUUCGCUCGACGAUAUUUACUAUUACGGGGGCCAGAACGCGCACAAUAUGAUAGCCGUGUUGCCGCACGAGCCGUCCAGAAAGGGCGAGAUGAGCGUUAAAACUGGGGACGUCAUAGGCGUAGCCGGUAAUCAUUGGAACGGAUACAGUAAAGGUAGAAAUCUUCGAACGAACCAAAUAGCGCUGUAUCCUAGUUUUAAGGUGAAAGAUAAAAUCGAGACCGCUAAAUUUCCGACGUAUGCAGAAAUGCAUAAAAAACAUUCGUAAAAUAUUUAUGUUAUAAGGAGGAGUUUCUAGGCAUUUUAUUUAUUCUAGCAAACUUUUCGUUUGAAGUAAAGUAAUCUCAUUUCAUUGGUAAUCGCCAACAAAGGUUCGAAUUAACUUAUAAUAUACGGAAGAACUAUUGUUAAUAGGUUAAUUGAACUCUUUGGUAACUUUUAAGCAUUUUUAGUUUACCAAUGAAACACUGUAUGUAUAUUAUAUAACAGAUCAUUUUUCCUAUACAAUUAAGAAAAUCUCUGAAUAAUUUUAAUUUUUUUAUACGCAACAGUUCAUAAACUGUGAUUCUUCCAGUGCAAUAUUUUAUACCGAAACUGUCCCAAGAAAUUCCUCGAGUUCAUUUUAAAUGGACGGCAUCUUUUUUGAAAAGGUGGUUUCACUCACAGGGUCACAAUUAGAAGCAAAACGAAACGCUUUUACUAUUUAUAUUAUAUUGAUACAUUUAAUUUUAAUAGUUAUUCGAAUAGUAUCUGUGGUAUGUUUGACAUUAUUUUCGUGUAACGUGAAACUAGAACACGAGUUUCCGAGCACUUAUGAAAAUUAAUUAUAUAAUUUACCGCGGUCGUUAGGAAAAUACUCACUCUAAUGAGAUUUUGUAGUUACAUAACUCGAAUAUUUUUUUGUGUACGCAACAAUUUAAUUCAUAAAAGUCGACAGUUUGUAAUUGUGAAACUGCUCACAAAUUCUGCUCAAAUCGUCUUAUUUAUGUCUAUAAAUAAUCAAAUCUCGAAUUAAAAAUAACAAUUUAACAUAGCUUUUACUAAUUUAUUUAGAUUUAUUAUUAAUUUUAUGUAAAAAAAUUAUAUAAAGCACUGAUAAGAGGUUGAUAUCUCGCAUUUCAAAAUUUAUAAUUAUCUGCUAAAUAUACCUCAAGGCAAUAUGUGGAUAAAAAGUUUUAAAUUCAUUAACACAUUUUAUGUGAGAAAUUGAUUAGACCAAAAGCUUUUAAUAUAUUAUCUAUAAAUGAAAUUUGUACAUUGUUACUUUAAGUGGGAAUAUGUGUCAGGUAUAACGGAAAAAAUAACGUUAACUGCAAUAGGUUGUCGCUUGAUUAACAUAUUUUAUCUACAAUCACUAAUUUAAACUUUAUUUUUAGUUUACUUACUAGUUAAUCAAAGAACAUGUGUAAUCAAAAUAAAAUUGACUUUGGUGGAAAAUUAAUAAGUGUUUGUAGAUAAAAUUUUGCAUGCUUCAAAAGGAAGAGAAUUUUCAUUCAUAAAAUGUAAAUACCUACCUACACAAUUUGAUUUAAGAGUAGAAAUGUGUCGAUGUUUCCAAUGUAUUCGAACAUUAGUGAACACUUUUGUUAUAAAAAAUAGCAAUUUUAUACUUCAUAGAUAGAUAUUGUCAUUGUUAAUACUUUAAGUUAACUUUAUUUAAACAAAUAUUACGUGUGUGUCCUGAAUUGAUAAUAUUUAUAUGCAGUUUUAUGUCUCUGUAGAUGUUAAUGCACUAAAUUGAGUAGGUAUUAAAGUUGUUAGUCGUGAAAAUAGCACAUACAAGAAAAAAACCACAGGUUUAAUUAACUUAGAUUUAAGUGGAUUAUGCAAUUUUUUUAGUAAUAUUUUAUUAUGCACAUAAUUGGAUUAUAUAUACUCUAAAGGGUGAACCAGGAAUAGGCCAAAAAUAAUUAAUUUCUAUUGAAUUUGCCAAAUAAUUCGUCGGGAAUGUAACUUUAAUUAUACUCAAAAUUACAUAUUACAUACUUUUGUGAUAUGUUUAAUAAUCAGCAUAAUUUUUGUUUAUAAUAAAAAUAUUUUUAACUUCUAUCAGAAUCUCAUAACUCAUGAAUGAAAAUACUCGAAAAAAAUAUGUAAUGAAUUGGUAUCAUUUCAAUGGUAUUUGACCAUUCAUUCCUGUGGCACCCCGAAUUCUACAAUUUUAUGACUCGGGUAUAAGUAUAUUAUCAAUUUCUGGCACUCUCUAUUUUACACUGUGAAGGGUAACUGUUAUAUUUGUAAUUUAUUAGUGUAAGUUUUAUUUUAUUUUACUUGACUGUGAUAAUGUAAACA